AUGGCGGUGCCAACCAUGAAUCCUCAGUGGGCUCUAAAUGAAAAGGAUAUGUUGGUGCAAAUGGAACCAGGUCCUUUCACUCAAUGGAUUGAAGAAUACCCUUUACCUCAGGGAGCUCGCUUGCCAAAAGGAGCAGAAAUGUAUGAUGGAAAGGAUGAUCCAGAUAAUCAUUUAAAGCACUUUAAUGCCAUAAUCCGGAUGGAGAGGUGGACAGUCCCAGUGGCAUGCCAUAUGUUCGCACUUACCUUGAAAGAUACUGCUCGGGCAUGGUUAGACGGUUUGCCUAUGGGAAGCAUAAUGAACUUUGAAGAUCUUAAGACAAAGUUCAGGUCUUUUUUCAGCCAGCAAAGAAAGUAUAAGAAGAUCCAUUUGGAAGCACACAAUAUUAAGAGAAAAGAUAAUGAAAGCAUACGUCAGUUCAUCACAAGGUACACGGAAGAAACAUCCCUUAUCAAAGGAUUGAAUGAAGAUCAAAAAAUCUCCGGUUUCGUCCAUGGUCUCCAAUAUCGCCCCUUGGUAGAAUUUUUGUCACAGGAUCUUCCGGCAACGUAUACAAGUGUCAUGGACAAAACAUACACGUUCCUUACAGCGAAAGAAACAGCUGGAGAGGUCCAUGGUGCGCAUGCUCCGGAUGGGAGGCCACCGUGGGGAGGAGGUCCAGGGUCCGGUGGUAAAAGGGGGAGGGUAUAUAGAAAUGAAAGGGUAGAAAGGCAUAAGCACUCUCCAUAUCCCUCGCAUCCUAGAGGACCCCCAUUAAAUAGGGGAACGUUGUUCACUCCCCCGAGACCCCAAAGAGAUGUUUUGGCAACAGAGAGGUUACCACCAAGGGAUCGUAGUAAGGAAAGGCGAAGGACCUCACAAAAUUUUGUGAAUUCCACAACGACCAUGGGCACGAUACAAAUGAUUGUCGCAUACUGA